AUGACAAAAAUCUCGUACACACAGCUCUCAAUUGUAUAUUUAGAGAAAGCUCUUGAAAGUAUAGCCAAAUCACUUGGGAAGAAGGAUUGGAACUUCGACAUUGAUCCAUGCAGCAACAAACCUAACUGGUCUACAAAUACAGCGAACAAAGUUGCCUGUAACUGCUCUGUAGCCGGUGACAACUUUUGCCAUGUUGUUGAAAUAAGUUUGAAAGAGCAAAAUCUCCCCGGCACUCUCCCACCGGAACUGAACAGGUUGCGUUACCUUCAAAUUAUUGACCUCACUCGCAACUACCUUGGUGGUACAAUUCCUAAAGAAUGGGGCUCCAUGAUGAAUAUUAAUAAAAUUUCUCUCAUUGGAAAUCGAUUAACGGGUUCAAUACCAGUUGAGAUUGCAAACAUAACUACUCUCCAAGACUUGGAGUUAUGGAACAAUCAACUGUCUGGAAAUCUUCCUCCUGAGCUUGGGUAUCUAAGCCAAAUUCGAAGACUGCAAAUUUCAUCUAACAAUUUUACUGGCGAACUACCUGCGACAUUGGCAAAGCUGACUACAUUGAUAGAUUUCAAAAUUUCGGACAAUCAAUUCUCUGGAAAGAUACCUGAUUUUAUUCAGAACUGGACAAAUAUCAGUGAGCUAGUGAUUCAAGGAAGUGGAUUAAGUGGGCCAAUCCCUUCUGGAAUUUCACUUUUGCGAAACUUAACAGACUUGAGAAUUAGUGAUUUGAAGGGAUCUGAUCAUGCACCUUUGCCACAACUUAACAACAUGACAUUGUUAGAAACUCUGAUUCUGAGGAAUUGCAAUAUCAACGGAACACUACCGGAAUAUCUUGGGAAUAUGACAACAUUAAUUCGCUUAGACGUCAGCUUUAACAACAUAAGUGGAACAAUUCCGAGUAUCUAUGCUACCAAUAACAGUCUGAGAUACAUAUUUUUAACUGGAAACAACCUCACUGGACUGGUGCCUUCAUGGAGAAAGAACAUUUACGUAGACCUUUCUUACAAUAACUUCAACAUCAGCCAAGAGAGUCAGAUAUGUCACGAUGAAAAAGUGAAUUUGUUUUCUACCUCAUGGACAAACAAUGACAUAGCAACAGUUUCGUGUUUGAGGAAAUGUCGCAAACCCGCAUACUCCCUUUAUAUAAAUUGUGGUGGAAAGCAAGAAACUGUCAACAAAACAAGUUAUGAUGAUGAUUCCGAGUCAUCUGGACCAGCAAAAUUCCAUCUCAGCCCAACAGGAAAUUGGGCAUUUAGCACUACUGGUAUAUUCAAUGAGCGUGAUCAACUUGGAGUAACUUAUUCCCCGUACAAUAUCACCACACUUACUAUGACGGAUGCUGAAUUGUACACGACUGCACGUGGUUCUCCUAUUUCUUUGACUUAUUAUGGUUUUUGCCUGGUAAAUGGAAACUACACCAUAAAUCUGUAUUUUGCUGAAAUAUUGUUCACUGACGAUCAAACUUAUGGUAGUCUUGGAAGGCGUGUAUUUGAUAUAUACCUUCAGGGAAAGCUAGUACAAAAGGACUUCAAUAUUGCAGAAGAAGCAGGAGGGGUUGGUAAGAAAGUCAUAAAACCGUUCAAAGAUGUCGCUGUUACUAGUAAUACCUUGGAGAUCCGCUUGUAUUGGGCGGGAAAAGGGACACAGUAUCUCCCAAGGAGAUCAGUAUAUGGUCCUCUUAUAUCGGCUAUAUCAGUAGAAUCUGACUCGCCACCCGGAAGCAUAUCUGCAGGAGCUGUGGUUGGAAUUGUGGUUGCAGCAACAACUGUUAUCAUUCUAGUAUUUGGUAUACUUUGGUGGAAAGGAUGUUUUGGAAAGAAAAAUUCUUUAACAAGAGAGCUAAAUAGUUUGGACCUACAGACGAGCUUAUUUACCUUGAGACAAAUCAAAGCAGCGACAAAUAACUUUGAUAUUUCCAAUAAGAUUGGCGAAGGUGGAUUUGGUCCCGUGUACAAGGGAUGUUUACCCAAUGGGACAUUGAUAGCAGUCAAACAACUCUCUUCUAAUUCAAGGCAAGGGAAUCGCGAGUUUUUAAACGAGAUAGGAAUGAUUUCUGCUUUGCAACAUCCUUAUCUUGUUAAACUCCACGGUUGUUGUGUGGAGGGAGAUCAAUUGUUGCUGAUAUAUGAAUACUUGGAAAACAAUAGUCUAGCUCGUGCUUUAUUUGGUCCAGAGGAACACCAAAUAAGAUUAGAUUGGUCAACAAGAAAGAAAAUAUGUGUUGGUAUUGCUAGAGGUUUGGCAUACCUUCAUGAAGAAUCAAGACUUAAGGUUGUUCACAGGGACAUCAAGGCCACUAAUGUUUUGCUUGAUGUAAAUCUCAACCCAAAGAUAUCGGAUUUUGGUUUGGCAAAGCUUGAUGACGAGGACAAAACUCACAUUAGCACUAGAAUUGCUGGGACCUAUGGAUACAUGGCUCCUGAAUAUGCAAUGCAUGGUUAUUUGACAGACAAAGCAGAUGUUUAUAGUUUCGGAAUUGUUGCUUUGGAAAUUGUUAGUGGAAAGAGCAACAUCAUGUAUCGGUCAAUGGAGGAAGCAUUCUAUCUUCUGGAAUGGGCACAUUUGUUGAAAGAGAGAGGUGACCUAAUGGAGUUAGUUGAUAGAAGAUUAGGUUCAGAUUUCAACAAAAAGGAAGCCAUGGUGAUGAUCAAUGUGGCUCUCCUAUGUACCAAUGUCACUUCAAACCUUAGGCCUUCAAUGUCGUCCGUUGUAAGUAUGCUUGAAGGAAGGACUGUUGUUCCAGAAUUUGUUUCAGAUUCAAAUGAAGUAAUGGAUAAACAGAAGUUGGAAGUAAUGAGGCAGUAUUACUCUCAGAUGGAAGAAAUUGAUGGGCAAUGUACUACUUCUUCAUCUCCACCAAUUGAUUCUUCCUAAUGGGAUGAAAAAAAAUUAGUGUAUUAGACCUCUUAGUAAUAAACAUCACGAUACAAGGAGGCGUAGAGGUUCGAAAUA